CCAGACUCUCACAAAAACCCUCGAAAGAAUCAACAUUUUAUAUUUCACAUCUGGUCUAAUACCAUGGCCUCCGCAUUGUGGAACUACCUGGGUCUCCGCGAGACCCCCACUACCCCUACCAAUGAGGCCGUGCGAGCCCUGCCGGCCUCGUGGUACACCUCGCAGGAGAUGUUCGAGCUGGAGCGACGCGCCAUCUUCUCCCGCAAAUGGCUGCUGACCACUCACAAGCUGCGUCUCCCCAACACUGGAGACUGGCUGCAGUACGAGGUGUCCGGCUUCAACUUUGUUCUGGUGCGCGACAAGGAGGGCAACAUCAACGCCUUCCACAAUGUCUGCCGCCACCGCGCUUUCCCCUUGGUGACCGAGGAGAAGGGUUCCGCCCGCAUCUUCGCCUGCAAGUACCAUGGCUGGUCCUACGGCCUCAAUGGCAAGCUGGCCAAGGCCCCCGGCUACCAGGACCUCGAUGGCUUCGACAAGAGCAAGAACAGCCUCCUCCCCAUCCACGUGCACCUCGACGCCAACGGCUUCAUCUGGGUCAACCUGGAUGCCGGUGAACAACCCGAAAUCUCGUGGGACGAUGACUUCAAGGGCAUCGAUCUGCAGUCCCGCUUUGCCGAUGUCAAGUGGGAGGACUACACCUUUGACCACACUUGGGAGCAGGAGGGCGACUACAACUGGAAGAUCCUGGCCGACAACUACAAUGAAUGCUACCACUGCGCGACUACGCACCCCGACAUCCCCGCCCUGGCCGACUUGGCCACCUACUCGGUCGACACCAAGGAUGGCGGCAUCAUCCACGACGCCCACUCCAAGCCCGACCAGAUCGCGGCCGGGCUCCGCAUCGCUAGCACAUACUACUUCCCCAAUGCCUCCAUGACCGUCUCGCCACACUUUUUCUUCAUGCAGCGCUUCGUCCCGCUUUCCCCCACCCGGUCGGUGAUGAAGUACGAGGUGUACCGCAACAAGAACUCGAGCGACGAGGACUUUGAGCUGAUCAACACCAUGUACAAGCGCAUCAUGUCCGAGGACAAGUACCUCUGUGAUCUGACCCAGAAGAACCUGAAUGCCGGAGUGUUUGUGAACGGCGAGCUGCACCCGAAGAUGGAGAAGGGCCCCUUGUAUUUCCAGAAGGUGGUGCGCGACGUGGUGACGGAGCACUUCCAGCGCGAGGAGAAGGAGGGACAGGAGUACUGGCCCGCCCGUCAGCGGGUGCCCAAGGAGGCGGCGACGAGUGCGCAGGACAUGCAGUUCUGCGCCAACCUGGGGUGUGGGGCGGGUAAGGAAUGCUGCUCGAAUAUCGGGGCGCAGCCUCCGGCGGCAGUCGCCUGGUGAGGGGGGGAAAUGUUCAUGAAAGGGAUCGGCAAUUGAGACAGAAGAGAGAGUUGUGCUAUGAUUCAUCUUGACGAGUUUGACACAUUGUUUUCGGCAAAUCAGGUUAGCGAUCUUUGUUUGGAUUUUGAGAUAUUGUACCGCAAUAGAAUAGUUUCUUAUUUUAGCAUGCUUCGCAAUCUUUAAUGACGUUCAAGUGAAUCAUGGUGCAUUUCUGUCGCGUACUGCGACUAGAUAAGUAAAAUGGGUUGGUUAUCAAGAAGGCGAAGAGCGGGAUGGAAAUGGAAGGGGCGGUAUAGAUUAGAGAUUAGUAGAGAAGAGAGAGAAGGAUGGCUAAAGACGGGAAAACCAGCCAGAAGAGGAAAGGGAACCAGACUAGACCACGUGCGCUCACCUGACCGGUGGGAAAAUCACCGGACUUUUCUUUUCUCUAAGACCAUCC